GCUGGCCAGGACGCCUGGGUUCACGCAGGGCUCUGAGGACAGGGCACCCCCCCGCUGAGCCCCUCUCCCCACCCCGAAAGCUGUUUCCAUCGCGUCAUUUGCGCCAACGGCUCCGGGCAGGAAACGCAGCGUCACGGCAUCGACCACUUCCCCCCCCAGCCGCGCCCGGCUCCCGCCACGGCCCCCGCCAGCCAUGGGGCACCGCCCGGCCCAGCCCCCACGAGCCGCUGGCGCACCGGGCACCCUCUGCUGCCAGCCUUGACCCGAUCGCCGACGAUGCCCCCGUCUCUGCCCCCCAGCCCCCGGCUCCCGCCCCCUUCGCCGCCCCCCGCCCCGCCCUGCGCCGCCUGCCUGGGGCCCAUGGUGGCGCUGGCGGGGGUGGCCGGCCUCUUCGUGGUGCUCGCGGCCCUGCUGGGCGAGCGGCUCUUCCGGGGGGCCCGGGCCCGGGCGGUGCCCAGCGUGUGGCGCCGGGGCGGGGCGCUGUGGAUCGAGCCGGCGGCCCCGCCCCCGCAGGACAGAGCCCCCCAGGCGGAGCCGGGUGACCUGUGGAUCCCGCGCCCCCCGCCCAGCGCCGAGGACUGGUACCGGGCGCCCGCCGGCAGCGCCGGGAGCGGCACCUCCAGCGGCGUCCACUCGGGGGCGCCGGAGAGCGCCGGCAGCACCGCGGCCUUGUGGGACGCCGAGGCACCGGCCUGGGGGGCCCAGCCCCACGUCACCCUGCAGGAGAUCUCCGAGUUCUUCCGGCGCGGGGGGGGGAGGGGGCCGUGAGCACCGGGACCCCCCCCCAAGAAGCAGGAUUCACCCCAUGGAUGUUGGGGCAGAACUGAGAUUUUGGGGGGACACUUUGAAAAUUGGGGGGGCACAAGCCUGUUGAGGACCCCCCCCACUGUCCCCAGCCAUGGGGCACAGAGGGGCCUGCACCCCCCAGCCUGCCGUGGGGCACAGAGGGGCCUGCACCCCCCGCCUCCCCAGCCUGCCGUGGGGCACAGAGGGGCCUGCACCCCCCCCCCGCCUCCCCAGCCUGCCAUGGGGCACAGAGGGGCCUGCACCCCCCGCCUCCCCGGCCUGCCGUGGGGCACAGAGGGGCCUGAACCCCCCGCCUCCCCGGCCUGCUGUGGGGCACAGAGGGGCCUGCACCCCCCACCUCCCCGGCCUGCCGUGGGACACAGAGGGGCCUGCACCCCCCCAGCCUGCCAUGGGGCACAGAGGGGCCUGCACCUCCCCGGCCCGCCAUGGGGCACAGAGGGGCCUGCACCCCCCACCUCCCCAGCCUGCCGUGGGGCACAGAGGGGCUGCUCUAUGGGACAUGGGGAAUUUCUGCCAGCGGCCGGUUCGCGGGGCUACGGACAAGUGGCUGAAGCUCCUGGCUCCGUUAACAGCCCCUGGGUGGGGGCUCGGUGUGUCCCCCGUUGGCCCCCUGUGACAAAGUGGGAAUGUUCUGAAUGUCUGUGAACACUGGGUGGGUGCCUCAGUUUCCCCUGUGCCGUUCGCAAGGUGCCGGCUGAACGUGCUGGAGAACAAAGUGCUCAGGUGCCUCCUGGCCCGGGAACGAGACAAAGGCCAGAGGGGGGCUGGAGAGUCUCAGUUUGGAGCUGGCUGGGGAGACGGGGGCAGCCCCAGGGCGGGGGUCUGGGCUCCCCACCC